AUGAAAGACAGGAAAUCGGCCACGAAUUAUGUGCCCCUACAAGAGAGAUGACGUUGCGCGAGAAUUUACGUACAGCAACAUCUGUGAUCGUUGCAGGUUAAAAAAUAUACAUACAUAAUUGUUAAACUAGGCAAUAAUGAAACGACAGUGGUUGAAUUUACUGCCCUGUAGUCAGGCUUUUUCAAGUAGGACUUACAGCAGUGAACAAUUGGCACACUGUCAUUCAGGUUUUCCUGAAAUAUAUCAUCCAAAGGCUAUAGAAUCUGGGUGGUAUGAAAAAUGGGAGAAGAAUGAAUACUUUACUCCGAAGAAGGGCGAUAAGGAACCAUUUAAAAUUAUUUUACCACCGCCAAAUGUUACGGGUACAUUGCACUUAGGUCAUGCUUUAACGGGGACGAUUCAAGAUGUUCUGGCAAGAUGGCAUAGGAUGAAAAAGCAUCCCGUUGUCUGGAUACCAGGGUUAGAUCAUGCUGGAAUCGCGACACAGGUCGUUGUUGAAAAAAUUCUUCAAUCUACACGUGGGGCAUCGAGACUCGAUAUGGGCAGAGAGAAAUUUCUCUCGGAAGUGUGGCAAUGGAAGGAGCAAAAUGAAAAUAUGAUAAAAAAACAAUUAAAAACUAUGGGAUUUACCUUAGACUGGUCUAGAGAAUUUUUUACAAUGAACAAGGAUCAUAAUAAAGCAGUUGUCGAGGCAUUUAUAAUGUUACACAAACGAAAUAUGAUAUACAGAGAUAAGGACAUGGUAAACUGGUCCCCUGCUUUACGCAGUGUAAUAUCUGACAUUGAAAUUGAAGUUGAACGAAUCACCAAGAAAACUUUUCUUGAAAUUCCUGGUUACAAUAAGAAGAUUCCAUUUGGUCAAAUCGUUGAAGUAUUGUACAAAAUUAAAGGAUCAGAAAAUGAAAUCAUUGUUGCUACUACAAGACCUGAAAGUAUGCUAGGAGAUGUAGCUAUCGCAGUUCACCCAGAUGAUGAGAGGUAUUCAAAAUAUGUUGGAUGUGAGGUCUGGCAUCCUCUUAAAAAAUUAUACAUACCAAUAAUUGCAGAUUCUAUAGUAGAUCCAGAAUUUGGCACUGGGGCAGUGAAAAUUACUCCAGCUCAUGAUCGAACGGAUUAUGCAAUUGCCAAGAGACAUAAUUUGGAAAUAAUUGAUGUCAUCGAUGAACAUGGAAAUAUUUCCACUGAUGAUGACAGAUUUAAGGGGUUGCCACGAUAUGUGGCUAGAGAAAAAAUCUUACAUGAACUCGCAAACUUAGGAGCUCUGAAACAAAUUAGUAAUCACGAAAUGUUAAUACCUAGAUGCUCACGUACUGGUGAUGUUAUCGAAAACCUUUUAAGGGAACAAUGGUUUGUCAAAUGCAAAAGUAUGGCAGAGCGUGCAAUGCAAGUUGUCCAUGAUGGAUCUUUAAAAAUCGAUCCAGCAUUUUGUCAGGACAGUUGGUUCGAGUGGCUCAACAAUAUUAAAGAUUGGUGUAUUUCGAGACAAAUUUGGUGGGGUCACCGUAUACCAGCAUAUAGAUAUCAAUGCGGUACUGAUAUUAAUUGGAUAGUGGCACAUAACGAAGAGGAAGCAAGGCGAAUCUUGACAAGAAAUAAAAAUGAUGCCAAGCUCGAACAAGACACCGAUGUCUUAGAUACAUGGUUCUCCUCAGCAUUAUUACCUUUUUCGUCCAUGGGAUGGCCUAAUAAGAUUUCAGAUUAUAACGACUAUUAUCCAUUAACAAUGAUGGAGACUGGAAAUGAUAUAAUAUUCUUUUGGGUAACCCGAAUGGUCAUGAUGGGACUCGAGUUAACAAAUCAAUUACCUUUUAAAGAAAUUUUGUUACAUGGAGUUCUAUGUGAUGGCCAAGGGAAAAAAAUGUCAAAGAGUCUUGGAAACGUCAUUUCACCAGAAAAUGUCAUUAAUGGAAUUACUCUAAAGGAUCUUAAUGAGCAAGCGGAGCAGAGUUUUAAAGCAGGCAUUCUUAGCCACCACGAAUUAAAACGAACAUUAGCAGUAAACGCUAAAAUGUUUCCCGAUGGGAUCCUAGAUUGCGGGGUUGAUGCAUUACGAUUGACACUUUGUGCUCACAAUAUUAAAGAACGACGUAUCAAUUUCAAUAUAAUAGAAUGUGUGAAAAACAAGCACUUUUGCAAUAAAAUUCUGCAGGCGUGCAAGUAUACUUUGCGAGUCACAGAUGAAUUUGAGGCAUCAACAAAUUUACACAGUAUCGAUCUAUGGAUCUUAAGUCGAUUAUCACUUAUGGUAACGUCAGUGAACAAAGCAUUUGCGGAGAGGCAUUUCUACCGAGCAGUCUCAGCGAUAAAGCAAUUUUUAUAUUAUGAAUUCUGUGAUUUCUAUUUGGAAGCAACUAAGGUGGGAUUCAAAAGUGAUAAUUUAGAAAUGAUGAAUGGGCACAGAAAUACCUUGGUAAAAUGUUUAGAAGUAUCCUUACGAAUCCUUGCUCCUCUGACACCAUAUCUUUGUGAUGAAUUCUAUACAAAAUUAUCACCUAAACUGCCAGGAUUUUUAUCUCUGCCCUCGUUAACGGAAGCACCUUAUCCUGUACCCUCCGAGUUUGAGGACUUGCGUGAUAUUUCCUUGGAAGAAAAAUUCAAUGAGGUUCUUGAAGUGAUAAAUAGGAUGCGGAGUAUUUCUGCUGGCAUCAAUAGGAAAUUGAAACCUGAAGUACACAUUGUGGUUCAUUCUCCAGAAGAUAGUCAACUGUAUGCGGAACAUAUAAAUGUAAUCACAGCAACAACUAAAAUAGAAAAUAUUAAAGUACUAAACAACUGUGAAUACGCUGAACCCGAGGAAAGCAUACGUGAUGAUGCAGACACGAGAUGUCGUCUUUUCCUAGUAUUGGACGAUAAGGUAGCACUGCAGGAGGCAAAGAAAAAAAUAGAAAAGAUAAGACUAGAAGCGGGAAACAAAUUAAACCGCUUGUUAAAAACAACAUCAGUUAAAAAAUAUUCAGAGGACUCAGAAGACUGUGAACGAGGAAAAGAUAAGGAAAUGAUAAAAUCUUUGGAGGAAGAACUAAAGAGGUUACCUAGAACAGGAUGAAAAAUCAUUAAAUAAUUAUUCGUCAUCGUCGUGGUCGUCGUCCUCCUCAGAUGUAGUAUCUUCAUCCGAAUCUGAACUACUCGAUUCAAUCCA